CUUGGGGACUUAUUUCACCCGUUUAUGCAGCUGACAACAAAAUCAAAGCUGACAUUUAAAUGAAAAUAACGACUUUGUAGCCGCCACAUAAGGUCAAACGUCAUGCAUGAAUAAUCAACAAAAUUGCAGUUGAUCAUCCCAUGUGAAGCCUCAUUCUCAUAGGAAGAGUCUAUUCAUUACAUUCGAAUCAUGGAGAUGCAAAACAUGGACUGGUCCAUAAUUCUCAUCAUCGUCAUCAUCAUCCUACUCCUGUACUUCGUCUGUCAGCGACGUCGCAGGAGAGUCGUCCAACCCGUUGCUGUCGCAGAUGACAUGAAGAACUCCAGGUCAACCCUUAUUGAGGAAACUAUCACAACAUCGACUUCCUCAAAAAGUUAUUCCAGUUACAACGAUGGAAGGUUUGAUAAAGUGGAUGGGGAAAAGUCAAACAGAAUCAAGCAGUUGCUUCGGACUCGGGACAUCAAGACAGUGUCAGAGCAGUUCAAGACUCUCGGCGAGGUGGGAGACGCCAUCAGGGAGGCUGGACUCGAGAAGUGUAACCUGAUAUUCGGUGUGGACUACACUGCCAGUAACUACCAGCAGGGCAAGAAGACCUUCGGGAAGAAGUGCCUGCAUGACAUCUCGCAAACUGAACAGAACCCCUACCAGAAGGUUAUUCAAGUUCUCGGCGAGACCCUGGAACCCUUCGACAGCGAGGGUGUGAUGCCGGCGUUCGGCUUUGGGGACAUGACGACUCGGGAUCACGGAAUCUUCCCGCUCCGCCCAGAUGUAAGUGAUGAAUCUGGUAUGUGCUAUGGCUUCAAGGAUGUGUUGAAAGUGUACAACGAGAUCACUCCCCGAGUUCGUCUCAGUGGCCCCACCAACUUUGCCCCUCUCAUCAAACAGUCUAUUGACAUCGUCAAGUCAACCAGAGCAUUCCACAUCCUGGUAAUCGUGGCUGACGGCCAGGUGACGAGUGAGCGAGCAACCACCGAUGCCAUCGUUGAGGCAUCCAACUUCCCUCUGUCCAUUAUCAUGGUGGGAGUCGGAGACGGACCCUGGGAUGUCAUGGACGAGUUCGACCAGAAGAUUCCAUCCCGCUCCUUUGACAACUUCCACUUUGUAGACUACCAGAGUGUGACCCAAAACGUGAAGAAUCCGUCCGCCUCCUUCGCCCUCCACGCCCUUAUGGAGAUUCCCGAUCAGUACCAGUCCAUCAAGAGGCUGGGUUUGCUCAGUCUCUAAACUGUGUGACCAAGAGUUGUUUCCCUUGGACCUGUGUCCAUUUCAUUGCAAUAGCUUCACUGAACUCAUCAUGUUAAGUCUGAAAGAGUAUCGCGUUGUUUCAUGUAUACGCAUCACAUAGUGUAAAUUUUUCACUAGCAUCUUCCAGAGGAAAUAUGAUUCUAGCAAACAUUUUCGUACUCAGAAAGAUAUAACCCGACCAUUGAUUGUAGACUGGAUACUUGUCUAUCCAGGUAGUAUUGCAGUUUUAGCACUUCACUAAUUAAAAUUUAACGUAUUUCAGAGGUGGUGAGGUUGCCUAGUGGUGAAAGAAUUCACUCGUCUCACUGAUGACCUUGAGAAUCCCUACAUAGGUGAACUCUCGGACGUACAUUCAUCUGUGUUCGUCUUUGGUUAGCUUGAAUGAGUUUCUCACAAUGAUUAGUCUGCAAAAAGUGGCAUUUAAUCUCUCACUGUUGAUCCAGAAAGAAAACUUGUAAGUGUGAAGGACUUUGUUAUGGCUGACAAAAUGAGUUUGUUCACCUUAUACAGGAAGAAUGCAGCAGGCUGACAUGACAGGCCAUUUUGAAUGUUAUAAAGGGAGACAACUCUAGAAGUACAGAUCUCACCUCUUGUGUGUGUUGUCAUGAUGAUAUUAAGUCAAUAUGCUGUGUUUUUCUGUUUUAUUUUCACUGUUGCCUUGUCUUGCACAUUCCAGGAGAAACAAUAUUUUGAACAAAUAUUACACUUUUUAUGGAACUCUUUUGAUAUUUUAUACAGUUCCAAGAUAGAUAUAUUUAAUGUUUCAAACAAAAUCAUUUUUAUAUCAUGUUGUAUUGUACUGACUUAUUGUCUCUGUUUUGUACAAGCUACCAACAGCUUUUAUACAUUGUUCGACCACUUUUCAAUUUAUGGACCGACCAACAUCCUGAGCCAAGAGACACAAGUAAAUAUAAGACAAAAUUAUUUCGAAAUAAUUUACACUUACAUAUUCUCUACUUUGGAUGGAUGUGUACAAAAAAGGUACAACUACAAAAAUUCACUGUUAUGUAAAGACAGCUGGCUUUUUUUUAACACAAUUUAGGGAAUGAUUUCAACCAAAGCUCAUAUGUUUCUACAAUAUAUGCUUACCCUUAAAUGAAAAAGCUUUGACCUGGUGACUAAAACAAAGAUGGCCAUCAGCAUCUUCGCAACAUAUAGUCAUGAUGCUUGUCAAUGAUUACCGCUGCUGCUUAAUUUUAACUUGGUCAGACUUUAUAAGACUUUAAAAUAUUAUACUAUAAAGCUGGUCUGGUGGUGAUCUGUAAUUUAGUCCAGGUAUCAUUUUAAUUAACAUAAAAACAAUAAACGUGAAAAAGGACACUCAAAAAUAAUUUUGUCAAAAUGUGCUUAUGGUCAUUUUAAGUGGAAUACAGUAUGUACAUUCAGAACGGAAUGUUUAUAUACUGGAAUAGCUUUGUAUUGACAUUUCCCUUGUAUUUUAACCGAGAAUGUACAUAAGGGGAGAUAAUUCCUACCUUGUUCCCAGAUAGACCUAUUUUUAGACAUCUAGCUUUUCAGGUGCUAUAUGUGGAUGUAUAUGGUUUGAGGUAAAUGAUAAAAAUUGUACAGUCUGAGUAAGGCUACAAAAAAUUCAUUAUAAGAUUUUCAUUAAAUUUGUCAAAACUGAGUAUGGUGGUAUAUUUUUUGCGAGUUGUGAGGCAUUAUAUUCUUUUAUGAUUUUAGUAACAAUCUUUUCAAAGCAUCUGUGUACAUUAGCUGUCAACAGAUAUGAUGCACAGAAGUGUCUGGUAGGACUAUGUAUGUGGUGUAUUUCACCAAGUUAAGAAAGAAAGGAACAGCGAUUUUCUGUGGUACAUGGGGGAAAAAAUGCUGGUAGUGAUUGGGAGGUGGGUUGUGUUAAAAUCUAAUAAUUAAUUUAUUGUGGCCUUACAGAAAAAAUCUGUCCAGUCAUGUUGUUGAAAUGAUGGUGAGGGAUAUGUUGAUUAUUAUUGUUAUUAUUUUGAAUGCAUUGAUGAACGUGGAGAGUUUUGUAUGGCAGUAGAAGUACAUUAUAUUUCCUUAACAUGUACACCCAUAAAAAAGUAAUAUUUUUAGUUUCCUUCUCUUUUAAGUAUUCCUGGUGCUUUUUGUAUCCUGUAUGUGUAAUCUCAAUGUUGUUUACUACCUCUUUAUAUUCUGUUAUUAUUGAAAAUGAAUAUAUGUUUUAUUACUAUUUCUGUUAAUAUUUUAAUAAAUGUACCAGUAGUUGAUUUGUGCUUUAUUUUCAUGAAAAUAAGAUUUUAUGGGAAAAUUAAAUUUGUUCACACUCAGUCAUUCUCUGAUUUAAUAUCAAAUUUCUUGAAAUUCUUUUUAAAGUCUUUUCUCAUAAUUUCAGGUUUUGCUUAAAAGGUCUCCUGGAACUUAAUAGCAAAGGUGGCCCUGUUGUCAAAGGUUUUACAGAGUUAUGUCCCUUAGGCAUGCCAGAAUCCGAUUAUCAUGGGGUCAGAUUUGCCCUGAUAAAGAUGUUUGUCAGCACCAUACUCAUGCAGUGAUAGAACAAACAAUCUGGCAUCAAACCCAUUGGUUCACUGACUUCUACAAUCUGGAGGGGCGGUCGGGUAGCCUCGUGGUUAAAGCGUUCGCUUGUCACGCCGAAGACCUGGGUUCGAAUCCCGACAUGGGUACAAUGUGUGAGCCCAUUUCUGGUGUCCCCCGCCGUGAUAUUGCGGGAAUAUUGCUAAAAGCAGCGUAAAACCAAACUCACUCACUCACUCUACAAUUUGGAUCAAAACUAGGAUCAAACUGCAGUUUUAGAGACAGAAGCAUGAAAUGUUUCAGUACUGUCCCACAACUCUAAGAAUAACUAGCAGCAUUACAAAUAAGAAUGUGCUCAUUGAUUUUGUCAUUUGUCCGCAUAGAGCCAUUCACAACCACUGAAAAGGUGACGUUCCCCCAAUAGGAGCUGCAUGAAAUAUACAACGAUGUUAGAAAAACGUCCAUUUGGAAAGAAAAUCCAAAACAUCAUUUUUGGCCAAAUGUUGACCUGGAACCAUCUUGUCCUCGGGUAACAAUAUGUCUGUCCUGACUGUAAUCACUCAGGGGUGGUCGGGUAGCCUAGUGGUUAAAGCGUUGGCUCGUCACGCCGAAGACCCGGGUUCGAUUCCCGACAUGGGUACAAUGUGUGAAGCCCAUUUCUGGUGUCCCCCACCGUGAUAUUGCUGGAAUAUUGCUAAAAGCGGUGUAAAACCAUACUCACUCACUCACUCACUAAAAUCACUCACCAGCACAGCUUGUCACAGAUGUAAAGCCUUUAAAUAUACAUGGAAUAAUGUUAAUAUAUUUUCACGUAAAAGUCAUUUAAUACAACACAUUCUUUUGCUUAGAAAAACACAUAUAUUUUUGUUUACCAAGUGACACUCUCAUCUGAAACUGAAAUUGAUUAUCUAAUGACAUCUGUUCCUGCUCCAUGGCAAUACUUUUCUGACUAUCCUUUCAGUUGCUUUGUCAGCUUCUUUGCAUCACGUGACACAACCGGGACUUGUGACCAUCUGGAGGAACAUGCAGUGUCAUUGUACCAACUGUCCUUGAAGUAGUGCAGACAUUUCCCAAAGAUACAUGGAAGUUUGAAAGAGAUGCUAUUAAAGAAGGGAUGGUGUUAACCUUUUUGCAUUUUUUAUUAAAAAAUUGCUCUUUUUUCUUUCUUUCUUUACCAAAUGCUCAUUUUCUCAAUGAAUCUCACUUUGACUUUGUCAUGUGUUGUCUUUAAUUGAUCAUAAUUACAGUGUUUUAAGCAUAUUCAAAAGGUCGCACAGGUGGUUUAGUCGUCUUAGGCACCACAAUCUGCUGUGCAGAGUUACGUCCCUUGGGCACACCAGGAAGGUAUGAUCAAGAGUUUGAAACCUGGUUCGCCCCGAUUAUCUUUCCAGGUUUGUCAGCACCAUACCUGUGCUCGUGGGUUUCACCAAAGAGGUAAAUGUCUGAGACCUGCAUCACUUCGGUCCUUCCUCCCACAUUAAGUUGACACACCAUGAUACAAGAACUGGAAUACUGUUAAAAGCGGCAUUAAACCCAACUCACUCACUCUCACUCAUUUAAACAUGUUGAUGGAAUAAAUUAUAUAACAUUUGGUAGCAUGAUAACCAAUCGUCACAAUUCCCAAGGCAAGGUGAGUUCUUGUUAACAAUAGUCAGCUUUUUCUAUAAUUCAAGAACAGUGUUAUUUGACAGGACGGCCAUUUUGAUUGUCAAAUUGAAUAGAAUACAUGUAUACAUGUACUACAUAGCACCCAGGUUGCAUUUACCAGUUCCAUGGCAUAAUAUGAAUGACUUGAGCGGUCGUCAACUUUUUUGAGUAAUAUAUAAAUACAUUUUCCAUCAACGAUGAAUUACACAUGACUUUGUGUUAUUGAUGCAUCUCCAUAAACCUCAACUGGAGAAAGGUGAUAGUUUGAAAGGUGAUAGGAUAUUUCAUGAUAGGAAUGUCCCAUAUGCUGCAGUCGUAAUGCAUAAUAAUAUUACUCCUGGUUGUGAAACAUAUGGCUUAGAUUGUGGGCCCAGGUUUUGAGUCCUGAAGUACAACUAGGUGACUGUUGAAGCAGGUUAAACUACUUUGGCUGCAUGGUUUUUCAGAUGGUUUACGAAACCAACCGACCAAAAAAAACCCCUGAAAUUAGACAAAUGAAAUAAAAUCACUUUUACCAAAUUAUUUAAUAUCAUGAAAACAUACACAAGAUUAUAUUACCAUUGUUCUUAAAAAAUAGACAAUAGGAAGAAAAAAAUCUGUGUUCUCUCAAACAAAAAUCAAUUUCUUAUGGUAUCUAGCCAUGUGAAAACAUGUUUGUAUUUUGUUCAUUAGUAGUAAAGAAACAAAGUUGAAUUUCUAAAAGAAAAAUUCAACCAAUUAAAUUGAAUUCUUGGCCUUAAAUUGUGUAAAUUCAUAUUAUAUAAACAAAAUAAGAGCACAACUUAUGUACAAUAAGACCAGUAAAUCUAAAAACGCAUAAGCUUUAUCUUCCAAUGGAAACCAACAAUGUUUCUCAUCUGAUGAUGUCUCUUGUCAGGAGCAGCCCUACUUCCCCUUCACUCUCCCAUCCUGAGUGCCCUUCAACUUGCUGUUGUUUAAAAAAAUGUUGAAGCGAUUUUGUUUUGUUUUCUCAGUGAAUGAUCUAUAUAAUUUUAUUGUGAUUAUGAAUGUGAUAUUUCAUGAGAUUUGCUUUUUUGGUGCUGGAUAUUGUUAUACCUUGCUCUUUCAAACAUUUUGGUUGUGAUUCAGAAAAUAUGGAUUUUGUAUUUCGUGUGGAUUUUAUUAUUGAAAGGGGGAAGGAAUAAAUUAGUUUGCAUGUUUCAGAACACAAAACUGACACGCUAAAGAAAUCUUUGUUACAGAAUCAAUGUUGAAUGUUUAAGAAAACUAUUCCAAAAACACUGAGGCUAUGAUAUCGUCAUUACUAGUGCUGGUUUAGCGCUAGUGACAAGAAUUGUGUUGUACCGGUACCGGUUGACAAAAGUUUGUUCAAACAGUUGGUUUAUAACUGACAUAAUUGGGUUUUUUAAAUAAUUAUUUUUAUCAUUAUUAUUAUCAUUAUGAUGAUGAUGAUGAUGAUGCAAUAACAUUUGGACUAUUUGUUUAAGCGGUAAGUAAUGCCAACAUAGGUAGUUAUCAGAUUUGGUUAUUGAAAAUGAAGUGUAAACAGAGGUGUAAUUUCAUGCGUUAAAGAGUGAUAAUACAGCCGUAAAUUGUGACAUCCCUUCUUACAAUGCGCUGGCAAUUGCUUUGAUUAUCCAAUUAUGACAAUAUAUUUGUCAUGAAAGUUUUAGAGAUGAUUGAUUUUCAGAAUAUACAUGUUUUUCUCAGCAUCAGAAAUAUUGUCCAGUUUGUGUAUUGUUCAUUUUAAUCGUUUUAAUCAUUUCAACAUCAUUUAAGUAAAUCAACAAUCUGUAUUUUCUAUCUCAUUACUUUUAAGUACAUUUCUUUUUCAAUUUAUAAUUUGUUUUGCUUUGUGUACUUAAAUAAUGAAUUAUGACAGAUAGGUGCACGUAGAGAUAUUGCACAUGUGGUACAUACAAUAUGGUCUUGCCUCAGUUCUCUCUGGAGGGGCAGUCGGGUAGCCUCGUGGUUAAAGCGUUUGCUCGUCACGCCAAAGACCCGGGUUCGAUUCCCAACAUGGGGACAAUAUGGGAAGCCUUUUUCUGGUGUCCCCCGCGAUAUUGCUGGAAUAUUGCUAAAAGCGGUGUAAAACCAUACUCACUCGGUUCUCACUGGAAGUGUCUUUUUUAUGCUUCUGCUCACAAUUUCCUUAAAAUCACCUCUUUUUUCGGAUACUACACCUCUCUGCAUGAAGCAUAUCUGAUGUCUGGAUCUUUAAAAAUGACAUGACAAAUGGAGAUAAAUGAGGCAGCACCCUUAUUUUGUGGUGGGUAUGUUGCACAACCUGUUUGUGUGCUUCUGAUAAAAAGGGGUACAAUCGAAGGAAUACUUGUUUGCUGUGUGGGAUAACAAAAUUUCCGAAUCAAGGUGGUAAAGAAAUGAAGCCGAUUCAUUUGAUAAAACCCCACAUAUACUACAUUUGAUUGGGCAUAACGAUCUGUGGAUGGGAUGUCAAAUCUUUAAGCAGAGACGUAUGGUAUCCGAGUAAAAGAUAGGAGAUGGUUUCUAUUGAGACAGAACACCAUUGCCAUGGAACACUUACAAAACAUGUGAGUAUGUCAGUUAAUAAACAAAAAUGAUUGUGUUUCGCCAGUAGGAUAUUAUAAAUUAGCCAUUUUAUAAAGAACUGUAUAGCAAGUAGCAAGUGGUGCUUAAUUUUUUUACAGGUGUAUAUACCUUUCACUUUCCAAGGAUGCAAGGAAUACUGUUGAAAACCAACUCACUCACUCUCUUCUGGUGCAAAUCACUUUGUGAAUGUUGUUAUAUCAAACCUCAUUGGUUCUCUCAAGUCUGGAACCAGGAAUAGAUGCAGUGUGAGGAAAGUGUAGGUUGCAGUAGGAGACAUAGCUGCUGUUUAUCAGGGAUGAAUGCUAAGCUGUGUUGUUGUGUGUAUUCUUCAUUCUUAUAUACGUGUAUGGUUAAUAAACUAUUAUUUUUGCCUUC